GGGGGGAGGGGGGAGGGCGAACACAGAGAGAACAUCUCAGUCAAGAAAGCAUAGGAAUUCAUCAAGAAAAAAACUAACGUUUUAUUUGGUGCAGUAAAGUAGCUUUUUUUUUAAAAAAAAAGGAAGGUUAGACCCAGUGUUGGAAUUUUAGUUCAUUUUAAUCGCAGCUCGGUUAAAUCUAGGGAAGGAUUUGAAAAAUGUGGACUUUCCUUGGAAUCGCUACUUUUACGUACGUGUAUAAGAAAUGCGAUGACUUGCUGAGUGUGAGCUAUGCGAACAAGGAGCUGUUGGUGGCAUUCCUGGCUUUUUUGACGCUGGGAUUGAUCCUGUCCUAUCGCCAUCGCUAUGGGCAGGGGCAAGAGAAAGAGCAACCCUCCAGACUGGGGUUCAUCUCCCAGCUCAUCUCGGCCCUGCCCCUGGUCAGAUCUCUUCUCAGAGGGACUGCAAACCCAAACUCAGCCUCCAACUGCACCGAGCCAGGCAAAGCACCGCAGCACAACAAAAAUGAAGUCAGUUUCUCUGAGUCCAUUGAGACAGAGGACGAGAUCCGUCUCCAGCCUGACCCUGAGAUUAUCAUCGUGGGCUCAGGAGUGCUUGGAUCUGCGAUGGCUGCAGUCCUCGGGAGGGAUGGAAGGAAGGUGACUGUGAUCGAGAGAGACUUGAAGGAACCAGAUAGGAUUGUUGGAGAGCUUUUGCAGCCGGGUGGAGUCCGUGCACUGAGAGCACUUGGUCUUGAAGAGGCUGCUGCAGGCCUUGAUGCCCACACGGUAAAUGGUUACAUUAUACAUGACAUGGCGAGUAAGACCGAGGUGGAGAUCCCUUACCCUCUGGAUGAAAACAGUCAAGUGCAAUGUGGAACAGCAUUUCACCAUGGGCGCUUCAUCAUGGGACUCAGGAGAACAGCUAUGGCAGAACCCAAUGUAACAUUCAUCGAAGGGAUUGUGACACAUUUGCUGGAAGAAGAUAGUCAAGUUACAGGAGUUCAGUAUAGAGAGAAAGAAAAUGGAGAUGUGAAGGAACUCCGUGCCCCACUGACUGUGGUAGCUGACGGCCACUUCUCCAAGUUCAGGAAAAACUUGGUGAAAGGCAAAGUGAGCAUUUCAUCCCAUUUUGUUGGCUGCAUUAUGAAGGAUUCUCCACAAUUCAAACCAAACCACGCUGAACUUGUUCUGGCCAACCCCAGCCCUAUUCUUAUCUACCAAAUAUCAACCAAUGAAACUCGAGUGCUCAUCGAUAUCAGAGGAGAAAUUCCAAGGAACCUUAAAGACUACAUGAUUGAGAAAAUCUAUCCACAGCUUCCAGAGCACAUACAAGAGCCAUUCCUACUUGCAAUUCAGAAUGAUCGGUUGCGGACCAUGCCUGCGAGCUUCCUGCCUCCUUCCCCCAUGUAUAAAUCAGGUGUGCUGCUCUUGGGUGAUGCUUACAACAUGCGCCAUCCUCUGACAGGAGGGGGUAUGAGCGUUGUACUAAAUGACGUGAAGAUAUGGCGAGAUCUCCUGUGCAAUAUUCCAGAUCUCUACGAUGAUGCCGCAAUGCUUCAGGCAAAGAAGACAUUCCACUGGGCAAGGAAGAGGUCUCAUUCCUUUGUGGUCAAUGUUCUGGCUCAAGCUCUCUAUGAACUAUUUGCUGCUACAGAUGAUUCCUUGCAUCAGCUCCGGAAAGCCUGUUUUCAUUACUUUAAGUUGGGUGGACAGUGUGUGUCAGGGCCAGUGGGGCUGUUAUCAGUGCUUUCUCCGGAUCCUAUGACUUUGAUCGGGCAUUUUUUUGCUGUGGCACUUUAUGCCAUUUACUUCUCCUUCAAGUCUGAGCCCUGGUAUAUGAAACCACGUGCUUUCCUGAAUGGUGGUGCCAUUGUCUAUCGUGCCUGCACUGUUAUUUUUCCUCUCAUUUAUUCUGAAAUGAAAUACCUUAUUUACUGAAUAACCUACAAAAUAAGGGCAAGAUUACACAAGAACAAAGAAAUACAAACAAAACACAGAAAGCCUUUGCAGUUGUCAAACACUUACCUCAACUCUGUGUUGAACAAGUCCACACUAUUGUUUAAUUGAUGAGAAAAAAUCUAGGUUCCCCUCCUGCAUCCAGCCGAGUAACAGAUUAGCGCUUUGGCAAAACAUGAAACUUUGUAUUGCUGUCACCAAAUUAUUUAAAUGGAUUGCCAUUUUAUAAGAAAUUCCCCUUGGGUAACUCACAAUAUGGUGUGGUUUGAGUAUCCAAUCCUGGAAUGCACAAGAUUUGUGCCUGCUCUGUGCUGAGUUAGACAAUCUUAGUUGAUACACCAGUUGGGUACUACAAUCAUCCUCAAUCUCCCCCUGAAUAUGGAGGAGGGAAAAAAUCAGUCAAGAUUCCCACUCUUAAUCAUUCUCCCUAAGGGUAGGACUGGUCUCGAUUGUGAUAACAUCCCACCUGUAAUGGACAAAAAGGAUACCAACAAUCCAUUGUGUGUGUAGGGUCACACAUGAAGAAUGAUUGAUUGGGCAAUAGCGUGGGUCAGGAGAGGGGAAAAUUGCGAGGGGGUAGGAGGGAAGAAGAUAAAUAAAUAACAAGUGCUGAUUGUGGCUUUCGACUAAAUUAGACAUCUGCUCAUGAAAUUGGAGAAGAACUACUUGGAUAUAGAUUUACUUUAUGUAGCAUUUCAGAGCGUACAACAUUUUUCAAAUUGUUGAAUUCAGUCUUAACUUCGCAUUUGGUUUUCUGUAGUUCUUAAACAAACUUGCAGAAUGAUUACUUGGCCAAUGAUUCAGCAAGUUCUUUUUGCUUGGGCAAUCAUUCUGCAAGUUCUUUUAAGAACUACACAUAAGCUUUCACAUUAAGGCUGUAUUUAAGACUUCUCUAAAAUGCUACAGAAAUAGAGGAAAAUCUCGACCAAGCUGAAAUUUGCAACCAGAGGUGCUUCCAAUUUUUAUUUGCGCUGUUCCAACCCAAACAUUCACAGAAAGUACAUAUGGUACUUUGAAACUUGAAUAGUUUUCCAAUCGAAGGCAGUGGCUUUGUGAGCAGGCAAUUAUUAUUUAUAAUCGAUCUAAUUUAUAAUCUAUAGAUUUAACUAAAAUCCAAAUUUACCUAACACUUUUGACAGUAACACAUUCCAGGGAUAAAUGCCUUAUUGAAUCAACUUGUGGGACCCAAUUUAUUUCUCAGCAGUACUACUGUAGUCCAUACUGUAGUCCAUCAAUUUAGUUAAAAAGAGGAACCAGAGAAGUGACUCUGGUGGUAUAUCAAUGUGGGACCCCUCCCCCAUUUCCCCCGUAACCCAGGACUCAAAGUGGGUUAGUUUACUCAGCUUUCAGCCAACCCACCAGGCAGAAUUCUUUGUAGUCGCAGAGUGCCUGCUCCUCAAAGGGGAGAGAAUCGCAGGCAGAGAGUAUUGUGUGUCAAUGACUCUUAGCCCACCUCAGAGCAGCAUUGAAGGCCCUAUAGAGGACUCACUGGCUGACGGUAUCAUUCUCUAUGCCUACAAAAUACCCAAAUCCUGUGAGAUAUUCUUCUGAUGUGAAAAGCGCUGUAUCAAAUGGAAGGAUUAUAAUAAAGAACAAAACAUGAUGGCCAGAGACACUUACUGAUCACUGACGCUAAUGAAUGUUUAAUUCUGCUGCUUAUAAUCUGUUUUCUAUUAUAGUAGUUAACGGCACAAAAUUUGGUCAUUUUCCUUUGUAAUAUGGUUACCCUAUACUUUUAUUCUGAAUGGCUAUUGGAUGCAGUACUGAUGUGCAACCACUAGAUGUCACUUGUGUUAUUAUUAACAAAGCAUUACAGCAACAUCUAGAGAUAGCAAACAGGUCCUGUAUUUCCUCGCAGUACCAAUACUUGUAGAUUUUGUCUCAUUCCUUAUAUAAAAACAAAAUUUGUGCCAAACUCAAUGGAAGCAGGGCAAUCACAUCCUCUUUUUGUUUUGGUCAGCCGGGUGUCAUGCAGCCCACCUCCACAUGGAAAUCCCAUAGACAGAUUGUUGGAAUGAAAUGUGCACUCUCUCCUUGGAGGGACACAUCCUGCUUACCUAAUUCCGAAAAGUACUAGGCGCAGGUUAGCAAGAGCCAAGGCUUGGGACCCGAGAGUGCAUUGAGAUACUUAACUGCUGGAUUCUAACUAGUUAAAACCAAAUUGCUUGCCAUUGAUAGUAGUGUCUGGCAAGCUUUCCCACACUCUGUCUCAUAAGUUUACAUCUGAAAUUUGUGUGCCGUAUUAAAAUUGUAUAUAAUGUAUAAUUGUAAAAUGAGUGAAGAAUUUCCACUGGCUAUAUUUGUUCAUUGCCUUUCGUUAAUCUGCCAUUCAUUCUAUGAAUGUUCUAUAUUGGUAUGUAACACAUUUUAUUAAAAGGUUUAUCAUUU